AUGAGCUACAUCAUCCGCCCCUGGGCCCUGAAAGACCUCAAGGCCGUCGUGCGGCUUAUUAGGGAAUCGGCUUCUCUUCACAAAGCCCUGGACCAGGUGAAAACGACCCCAGAGAUGCUCAGAGAUGACGGUUUUAGGGAAGAUGCCACCUUUGGGUCCCUGGUAGCCGAGGUGCCCCCAGAACAGAGAAGCAAAGAGGGUGACACAAUUGUUGGGUACCAGUUCCAUUAUUUGACCUACUGCACAUGGGAUGGCCAUAUUCUCUUUGGUGAAGAUCUCUACGUGCUCCCAGGUUUCAGAGGCAAAGGCAUCGGCUCCAGUCUGCUGGCCAAGGCGGCCAAGAUUGCGCUGGCAAAGGGCUGCUCCCAGAUCCGCUUCAUCUCAGCCAACUGGAACCAGCCGGCGACGGAUUUCUACACCAAGCUGGGAGCUCUGAAUGUCACCGUUCAAGACAACUGGAACCUCUGUAGCAUAGAAAGGGAACAGAUCCAGAAACUUGUAGAGCAAGGGAGAAAAUAG